GCAACUUUCCGUUCGGAAAAUACUUCGUCGACCAUGGACAAAAUCGACCGCAUUGUCAAAAUCGCCGUAGUCACAUUCUGGUCGCAUUCCUGGUCGCGCCCGUGAUCGCAUCCAUGAAGCAUAUUCAUUUAUUACAGUACYGGUGYAUUUGAACUGAACAAUAAGUUCCACGAAAUACAGGCGCGGCACGAGUUCUUUUAAUUACAAUAUUUUGAAUUUUUCUUUGUCUCUCAAAUCGCGGUGUCAAGCUACGACUUCAAAUCACUCGCCCUUGCCAGUCGACCGAACGUACACAGCGAAYACUAGAUGAUCGUAUCUUCUCUUUCUGAAGAACUUCUUUCAGUCGUCUCAAAUUAYGUUUUGAAGAUUAUUGAACAACAAAGCAGAAACUCAAAAUGAGAGCUUUCAUGUCUAAGACGAAGAGUUGCAAUGAAAUGCAACGAAAUCCACCRCCGAAGAGGUUUUUCUCGUCCUCGCGGAGGGUGGCAGAAGCGAAUCCUGAAGUAAAAAGUAAAGGUAUCAGCAGGAAGAAAAUCUGGAAUUCAUCAAACGCAAAGCAAAAAGGUGAAAGUCCCGCAACCAUAGAGAAGUUGCUAAAACAACUUAGUGAACAGAACCGAAUGGCGGAGGAACGAACCCGGAAGGCGGAAGCAAGGGCUGAAAAGGCAGAAGCGAGGGCUGAAAAAGCGGAGGAACGUGCACUGAAAGCGGAACAACGUGCGAAGCGUGUCGAAGCAAAACUGGAAAAUAUAUUGGACAACGUGUCGAGUAUCAACARCAGGAGUAUAUUUUGUUGAAGGGAAAAAGUGGAAGAAGAAUACUUAACAGCAGUAUGUUUUGUUCAAGGAUAAGCCAGGGCUGAGAAAGARGGAAAAUGGGCAUUGAAAUCCAAGCAACGAGCCGGGCGCGUCGAAGCAAAAUUGUAAGGAAUCAUGGAUAAAGAAACGAUCAUCARCAGCAGCAAUUCUUUCUGUUGAAGCAUAAGUACUAGAAUCUGUGGCUGCAUUGUGGUCGGAUUUGAUUUAUUUGGAACUACCCCCAUUGUAUAAAAAUAUCAAUGGACAUUCCAACUAUAAUAUCUUUGUASGUAAAUGUCAUGUGAAGAGGAGAUACCUACGGAAAAGAAUUGGAGAAAAGUCAGCAGUAUAGUACUAAGAAGAGUGAUGUAUCUCUCGAUUCAAUUUCGAGAAUCUGCGUUUGUGUUGAGGUGAAAUUCUGGUGAGCGAUCUAAUCGARUGAAUUUUAUUCAGUGCUUGAGUAAUUUUGGUUUAAUACUUGGCACAUAACUUUGAAGAAGCAGAUUUCAAAUAUCACACCACCGUACGGGAAUUGAAUCAUUGUUAGCRACAUUUUGGUGAUGCACUACGAAUCACUUACUACUCCACAUUACCAACUGUAGACAAAACAGUAGGGGUUUUUAAAUGCAUUUGCGUAGUAGCAUCGAAGAAGAACAAAUAAUAUCUCAACCCUCACUAACUGAUUUGUAUCGAAUGUGAUGCGUUASUCGUGCCGGACACCACCAUAUUUUCAUCCGUCACAUCCUCGAUCUCGAAAUAGGCAACAAAGAAUCGACUUGAAAAGAGAAACCUUUUGUCAACCGACAUGAUAUAUUUCGGAAAAAAAAGAAACAAGUAUUGCAUUGGGUCAAUGUAUGCAGAACUCUAGGUCGUCUUUCAUUGYCGACGUGUAACUCCAAGAAUAGAUCAACGAAGACGCAAUCUCUAGUGCUUGCUGUAUUGUUAUUAAUCGAAACUGGCACAGUUACGUGUACUCUAACUGAAAUAAAAUUCGGAGUAGUUUUCCAGACUCGAUCUAGCAAGAAGUUAUUUMAAUAGUGACCGUCUAUUAAAUAAACAAUAUAUGGUAGAGUGAAACUCUAUUUACCCGGAACAACAUAUUGCUUUCCCGUUUAAUAAUCACCGUCGCCAUCAUCUCCGAAAAGACCGCCUCCUGAUGGAGGAGCUUCGGCUUCUUCUUCUUCGACUUCUUCCUCCUCCUCUUCUUCGGCGGCUUCACCACCGGCACCGCCAGCACCACCGCCGCCGCCUGUAUGAAAAAGAGAYAAAAUGAACACAAAUCAAAUAAGAAUCAAUCGCUUCGUUUGGGGUAUAGAAUUGUUUGUAUCGCAAAAGAAAGAGUAACGCGGUCAACUUACCGCCGCCGCCGCCGCCUGGAGCAGCGAUCAUUUCACCAAUCUUCUUAGGAUCGUUCAAAAAUUGGGCGAAAAUGAUAGGGUAGAAGGCUUCAACGUCCGUGUUUCCAGUAGCCUCGAGCAGAGCACUGAUUUGUUCCGAGGUAACUUCGGCACCGCCGUCGUAGAGGGAAAGGAUGGCGAACGCCGUGGCGUAUUGGUCCUUCUUGUCUUUCGUAAGGGCGUCCAUGAUUGACUAUUUACUUGGUAAUGUAGUGAAUAACGAGCACACAGGCAG